UCGCCGGUGGGGGCGGGGCCUCCGGGAGGCGGGGCCUCCGGCGCGGGCGAAGCGCCUGCGCCCUGCUGCCGCUGCUGUCGCUGCGGUGAGACGAGGGGACGCGAUGGCCGGGCCCGCGUGGAUCUCCAAGGUCUCUCGGCUGCUGGGGGCAUUCCACAACCCAAAACAGGUGACCCGCGGUUUUGCUGGUGGAGUUCAGACAGUGACUUUAAUUCCAGGAGAUGGCAUUGGCCCCGAAAUCUCAGCUGCGGUUAUGAAGAUUUUUGAUGCUGCCAAAGCCCCGAUUCAGUGGGAGGAGCGGAAUGUGACUGCCAUCCAAGGCCCAGGAGGACGGUGGAUGAUCCCUCCAGAAGCCAAGGAGUCCAUGGACAAGAACAAGAUGGGCUUGAAAGGCCCCUUGAAGACCCCGAUAGCGGCCGGUCACCCAUCUAUGAACCUGUUGCUCCGGAAAACAUUCGACCUCUAUGCCAACGUCCGGCCGUGCGUCUCCAUCGAAGGCUACAAGACCCCGUACACCGACGUGAACAUCGUCACCAUCCGCGAGAACACCGAGGGGGAGUACAGCGGGAUCGAGCACGUGAUCGUGGACGGGGUUGUGCAGAGCAUCAAGCUCAUCACCGAGGAGGCGAGCAAGCGCAUCGCGCAGUUUGCCUUCGAGUACGCCCGCAACAACCACCGCAGCAACGUCACGGCCGUGCACAAAGCCAACAUCAUGCGGAUGUCAGACGGGCUCUUCCUGCAGAAGUGCAGGGAGGUUGCGGAGAACUGCAAAGACAUUAAGUUCAAUGAGAUGUACCUGGACACAGUGUGUCUGAACAUGGUACAAGACCCGUCCCAAUUUGAUGUUCUCGUUAUGCCAAAUUUGUAUGGAGACAUCCUCAGUGACCUGUGUGCAGGGUUGAUUGGCGGUCUCGGCGUGACACCGAGCGGCAACAUCGGAGCCAACGGGGUCGCCAUCUUCGAGUCGGUUCACGGGACAGCCCCGGACAUCGCAGGCAAGGACAUGGCCAACCCCACAGCCCUGCUGCUCAGCGCCGUGAUGAUGCUGCGUCACAUGGGCCUGUUUGACCACGCCGCGAGAAUCGAGGCUGCGUGCUUUGCUACGAUUAAGGACGGAAAGAGCUUAACGAAAGACCUGGGCGGCAACGCCACGUGCUCAGACUUCACGGAGGAGAUCUGCCGCCGCGUGAAAGACCUGGAUUAGGCCCGCCGCCGCCUGGGCAGCCAUCGCUCCCGCCCUGCCCUGCGCGGUCCCGGCUGCUCGCCGGCAAUGGCGCGUCUUCAGACCUGGACUUUUAACACCUGCGCCGAGAUGGCGGGCGACGCCCCGGGCCAGCUUUCGAGGGACUUUUUCCAAGCGCUGGUUUUAUUUAUUAAACGCCCGUCUGGUCAACACCUGUCGGUGCACUCUAGGGGACUCUCAGCCGCUGUCGCUAACCAUUUCAUUUCACGCUUCAGUCCGCAGUGUGUCUCCCCGGCCGUGCAGAGCGGGAUGCAGAAUUCACGGGGAAAACAUCUAACUUUCUCAGAGAAAAACCCUGUUUGCCUUGAUUGACAGCGACAGGACGGAGAUAAAAGGGAAUAGCGGCUUCAUAGCACAAGACGAGCUUCCUGCCAAGCUAAGCGGACACAGGACAAGCUGCCCGGGCGAGUCCCGCCGCACACGGGAACGCGCACGUGUGUCCUUGACACGCGUGAAUAAAAACUUCACUUCCACAGAAUAGAUAAGGAGGCGCGUAGUUUUGGUUAGGAAGGCACAGAUGACGUGUUGGGUACAAAGACUCAAAGCCCGGGACGCUCAGCUGUUUUAUGUCCCAGGAGAGAUUUUCUGUUCUGUCCAGGAGCAGUCCUCCUUUCUCACAGGAGCCGUUUUCAGCAUCCUGAAUUGUCACAGCCUCUGCCGCUGGCCCGGCACUGCCUGGUCACCUGUGCGUGCUGCGCUGGGGGCACGUGGGAGCCGGCUGCCUCCGCCCCCGCUGUGUGUCGACAGCGGCCUGAGCCGAGUCCCAGAACCGGGGCACACUUGGAGCCGGGCCCCUCCGCUUUGGACCCCCGCAGGAGCUACUGGUCCCCCUCGGCCCCUCCCCUAGGCACCUCCCGGCCCCUCGGCCCUCGUGUGACUUUGCAAACCUGUGGUUUUGCGCAGUGCACCCAGGCCACGAGGGGCGGGUCCGUUUGAAAGCUGUCCCCCGGCGCACGUCUGACUUGUUUAAGCGGCUGCUUCUGUUGUAUCGGAUUGUGCUCAUUAUCAGUGGCUUUUGGGUUUGCAGAAAUAAAGAAUUCCCAACCCGA